UCAAACCGACGAACUAACGGAGACAUGAAAUUUCCCAGCUCGGGCUCGGUCCGUGAAGUGGAUGAAAACUUGGUCAACAAGCCGCCUGUGAGGAGCUUUCAGCCCGGGGACUUCUUCUCCAGUUUGUACCGCGGAUUAUCUGUUCAUCGUUACACAACUCGAGUGCGGCCGGUGGAAGCGGAGCUGAGAGAUGCCGCUUCUCCACAGAAAAGCCUUCAUCCGACAGAGACCUCCGGCGGACCUGCGGCCGGACGAGGAGGUCUUCCUCUGUAAAAUCACUCACGAAAUCUUCAGGACCUAUGAUGAGUUCUUUGAGAGGACCAUCCUCUGUAACAGUCUGGUGUGGAGCUGUGCUCUGACGGGUCGAGCGGGCCUGACGUACCUGGAGGCGGUGGAGAGCGAGCGGCGGGCGAAGCAGAGUCUCCAGAGUUUCCCUCAGUGUCUGGUGGCGCCUCUGCUCCACCUGGCUGCUCUGAGCCGCCGCUGCAGGCUGACCGAGCUCUGCGAGGACGUCUACGCCUUCGUCAAAGACCGGUUCUUCCCCGGGGAGACGGUGGACGUCACGGGACGCAACGGAGCCAGACAUGUGUGUGAGAUCCUGCAGGUUCAUUCUCCUCACUCCAGCGCUAACGGAGCGCCGGCUGCUAACGGCCACAUCAAGCCGGCCGACGGCGACACCAUCGUCAUCAGCGACAGCGACGACGAGAGCGACGCCUUCCAGAGUCCCACGGCGCAGGUCAACGGGAAGAAGAAGAAGCCUCUGAGUCCGUCAGUGUUUAGAUACACAGUGAGGAUGAUGAAGGACCAACACAGCGAGGCGUUCACUGUCAAAGCCAAUCAGAUCAGUCGUAGGAAGACGACUCUGUCCAGAGAGAGACUGAAGCUGCUCUUCAAACAACACUGUGAACCUGUGAACGGGACCAUCGCAGUCAAGCCCUCCACAGUGAUGAAGUACCGUCUGUCUGAACAGACCUUCUCUCAGUUCUUCCCUGACGAGCCCCCCCUGUUCCCCUUCAGCCCCCCCUCUAAAGGAGGAGGGCGGGGCUCACCUGGACAGGCGAGCUCGUCGCUGCUCAAGGCGGCGGAGGAGAAGCUGAAGCUGCUGCAGCAGAGGGAGGAGAUGGCCGCCGCCGCUCAGGACAAAGCGCGACUGAAGAAGGAGAAGGAGGAGGCACAGGAGGCCAAGAGGAGGGAGAGGGAGGACAAGGAGAAGAUGAAGGAGGAGCAGAGGAGGAGGUUUGAGGAGGAGAAGCAGAGGAGGAGAGAGGAGAAGGAGCGCAGGAAGCUGGAGAAGGAGAGGGAGCGAGAGAAGCUGAAGGAGGAGAAGAAGAAAUACGCUGAACGACUGAAACUGUGGAACAAACCCAGAGAGGACAUGGAGUGUGAAGACCUGAAGGAGCUGCCCAGUCCGGUUCCUGUCAGAACCCGUCUCCCAGCAGAGCUCUUUGGAGAAGCUCUGAUGGUUCUGGAGUUCCUGAGGGCCUUCGGGGAGGUGUUCGACCUGAAGGACGAGUUCCCUGAUGGAAUCUCUCUGGAGGUUCUAGAGGAGGCCCUGGUGGGUUCUGAUCCUGAAGGUCCUCUGUGUGAGCUGCUGUUCUUCUUCCUGUCGGCCAUCUUUCAGGCUCUGGACGAGGAGCAGGAGGAGGUGGCCAAAGACCAGGCUGAAGACCUGUCUGAGGCUCUGGAGGACGACUCUGACCCCACCCAGUCGGUUCUGAGCGCCGUGGCGUCGUUGGCGGCUGCGUGGCCUCAGCUGCAUCAGGGCUGCAGUCUGAAGCAGCUGGACCUGGACAGCUGCACGCUUUCCGAGAUCCUGCGGCUGCACAUCCUGGCGUCCGGCGCUGACUGUAACCACGGCAACGCCAAGCUCCGCUACCAGAAGCAGGGCGGGUUCACGCUGAUGGACGACCCCUGCGUUGAGCUGCGAUUGGCCGAGCCGGCGCUGCUGAAGAGGCUGUCGUGCACGGCGGUGUACGACCUGACGCCAGGGGAGAAGCUGAGGAUCCUUCAGGCUCUGGUGGGGAAACUCCUGACGUUGGCGUCGAGCAGAGAUCUGAUCGAGGACGGCGUGGAGGAGCAGAGAGCCGCCAGACAGGAGCUGAGAGAGAUCAGAGCAGAACAACACCGCAGAGAGAGAGAGGAGGCCGCACACAGGGUUCGUCUCCGUAAAGAGGAGAAGCUCAGGGAGCAGGAGCAGAGGCUGAAGGAGAAGGAGGAGAAGCUGAAGGAGCAGGAGAAGGGAGGAGUCCACACAAACAGUGAGACUCCUGCAGAACAACACACUGAGGAAGACGAGGAGCCAAACUCUUCAUCCAACAGGAAGAAGAUGAAAGGUAAAAUCAACCAGAGGGAGAAGCAGCAGCAGAUGACCUCUGACCUCAGACCCCCCCCCUGCCCCCCCAGCAGCCUGACAGCAGAGGAGCAGGAGAAGGAGCAGGAGAAGGUUCGAGAGCUGCAGGAGCGUCUCCAGAAGGCGGCGGCCUGCACCUGUCUGCUGCCUCUGGGCAGAGACCGGCUGUACCGUAGAUACUGGCUCCUCCCCUCGGCCUCCGCCCUGUUUGUGGAGGACGACUGCUUCGGCCUGACGGAGGACAUGCUGCAGCCGCGCCCCAAACCCGCACAGGACGCCGCAACCAAGAUGGAGGACAAGGAGGGCGUCAAGGAGGAGCUGGCCGAGGGGAGCGCUGGCUCAAGCCCCGCCCCCAUUCACACCUGUGGCCCGCCCGUCAACCGUCCCAACCAAUGGUCUUUCUACAGCUCAGUGGAGGAGGUGGAUCAACUGAUCGAGGCUCUGAACCCUCGAGGUCACAGAGAGAGUGGCCUGAAGGAGGCGCUGCUUCAGGAGAGAGACCGGCUGCAACAGCUGCUGCAGAACUGUGACAGCAGCAAAUACAGACACACAGAUGAUCCAGAGUCGUCUCGAUCCGUCCCAGAAUGCACUGCUGCAGCUGAGACUCUGAUGGAGGUCAGACUCAGAGACCUGCUGCUGGACAUUGAGGACCGAAUCCACCAGGGAACUCUGGGAACUCUAAAGGUGAUGGACAGACAGGUGUGGCGCUCUGCGUUGGAAGCGGGAAACUACGAGCUGCUGUGUUCUGAUGGCAGAGAAAACGGAGGGAUGAACGGACGAGUGGAGGCGAUGGAGGUGGACUCCAACCACCUGAGAGCCAGAGACAGACUCCAGGAGCUGAAGUCGGACGGCGUGGCGGCCUGCGGCACCAGUGGCAGCGGGACUCCUCAGGUGGUCAGCAGCUCGGUACGAAUCCUGGCUCAGGCUCUGGCUCACAUCGAGCAAGGCAUCGAGAGACGCUUCCUCAAAGCUCCGCUGGGUGAGGAAGACUCAAAGAAAGACCAGAAGACGAAGAAGAACAAGAAGAAAGACGAGGACCAGGCCAGUGACGACGGCAGCGACAGCGGCCGCGUCGUUAAAACGGUGUUGGAACGAUGGAGGGAGUCUCUGCAGUCCUGCUCCAGUCUGUCUCAGGUGUUCGUCCACUUGUCCAGUCUGGAGCGAAGCGUCCUCUGGUCUCGCUCCGUCCUCAACGCUCGCUGUCGCAUCUGCAGACGCAAAGGAGACGCCGACAACAUGCUGCUGUGUGACGGCUGCGACCGUGGACACCACACCCACUGCCUGAGGCCCCGCCUCAAGUCGGUUCCAGACGGCGACUGGUUCUGUCCAGACUGUCGACCCAAACAGAGAUCCAGCCGAGUCCCGUCCCGUCAGCGCUCCUCUAUCGACGAGGAAGAGGAACAAGAGGAGGAUGAUGAGGAGGAAGAGGAGGAGUCAGAGGAAGAGGAGGAAGAGGAGGAGUCAGAGGAAGAGGAGGAGCAGGAGGAGGAGGAGGAGGAGGAAGAAGUGGUCGUGAGCACCAAGAAGAGCCAGGCCCCGCCCCCGAAAGGCAAGAGCCAACAGACCACGCCCAAAGGUCAACGAGCCACGCCCAAAGGUCAACAGGCCACACCCCCAAACACCUCCACCUCAGCAGGGAAAAACUCCUCAGCCUCCAAGUCCUCAGGUAAAAAGGCCACGCCCACAACAUCAAAGGCCAAUGCUGCAUCCGCCGGCAAAGCUCCGCCCCGCUCCGGCAGUCGGAACAGCGCCCGCCUGAGCCACGAGAUCCUGGCACCCAACAGCAACACGAAAACCUCACCUGGUCAGAGCGAGUCCCGCAAGAGACCAGCAACAGACGCUGCUCCCCCUCCUAAACCCUCCAGACCCGUCCUCCCCCCCGCCUCCUCCUGCUCCUCCUCCUCCUCCUCCAGCCGUCGCUCCUCAGGGAGGAACCACGGCGUCCACGAGCUGUCGGCCUGCGAACAGCUGACUGUGGAGCUGGUCCGACAUGAGGACAGCUGGCCCUUCAUGAAGCUGGUGUCCAGGACUCAGGUACCUGACUACUAUGACAUCAUCAAGAAGCCGAUCGCUCUCAGCACCAUCAGAGAGAAAGUCAACAACUGUGAAUAUCAGACGGCAGGUGAGUUCAUCUCCGACGUGGAGCUCAUGUUCUCCAACUGUCUUCAGUACAACCCUCGUCACACUAACGAGGCGAAGGCCGGUCACCGCCUGCAGCAGUUCUUCCGCUCGGAGCUCGGCAGACUCGGCCUGUCGGAGCGCGGCGCCGCCCCGCCCGCCAAACGCUCCCGACACUGAUCCAAACGCACCCUCUGACCUCACCACCGCCCGCUCUGAUUGGUCCAGGGGAGGGGUGUGGGCGGGACGUAGAAGCUGCGAUUGUUUCCCUCCUGAUGGACUGACACUCCAGGGUCGCUCCUUCAUGACCUCUGACCCCAGAGAAUCAGAAUCAGGGGUCAAAGGUCAUGAAGCUGAACAUUACAUGUUAAAGUUCGACUCCUGAUCUGUGAGUUGAUGAACCGUAGAGAAGUUGUGUAGAUUUCCUCCGACCUGCUGAUGUUCAGGGCAUUUACCUCCGGUCUGUGUGGACAGACGGACGUGUAGCACAGACACAUUCCUGUGGUGCUGUAGGACAGUAGAAACAGUAGAGUCCCGGCAGUUUUCAUCCCGUGUUUCCUUUGAUCCAGAGACGCAAAAACCACUAAAGAAACUUCAGCUUAGCACUGACCAUUAAAAGAAUGAAAUCAGGCCGUUUGUUUGCUCAGGGACUAAAUUUUUGAUUUGAAUGAAAGUGUUUUGUAACAGUGCAGCUGGUUUUACUGAAGCAGAGCGGCUGCUGCAGCUCCAGGUGUAUCAGUGUGUACGGAGGCCUGAAGCUGCCAAAGUUAAAAUGAACUCCGACAAACUGAAUCAUCAUUACAUGUUUAAAUGAAAUGAAACAAAACUGUCUUAAUAUUCAUCACAGUGGAGGUGAAAGAAGUUUGUUUUGAACUGAACUGGAGAAUUAAAUUAAAAAAAUUAAACUUGAAGAGUUCAGUUUAUCCUGCUUUCACAGUGAAAGCUCUUCUCUCCCUUCAGAUUAAAUUCAUCCUGAGAGUUUGAGAAUCAGAUUAAUAAAGCGAUGCUCAGUUUGACUCAGAGAGUUCAGUUUGAUGUUUGGUGGCUCCACAGCCUGCAGGUGUGUGAUGUUUAGACCUGGUCCUGUUGGACCUGAGCUGCUGAGGCCUCUGUGGAUCUGGAGUUCUUUAUUUUGACUACUGCGACCUUUCCUGCUUUAGAUUGAUGGUUUGGCUGUUCUUCAGUUGUUUUCCUCUGCUAUGUGUGUGUGUGUUGGUGGGGGGGGUCAGCUGUAGAUACUACACUGGAGCCGCUGCAGCCCCCCCCCCCCCCCCCCGGGUAUUUAUUUAGUUGACGUCGCUGCGUUGUCUUUAUUUAUGACUGAUAGACACUCUGCCUCCUGACGCUCUCUGACCUGUUUGUUCUAAUGUAAAAAUAAAUGGACUUUUUAUAACCAA